GGGCGUGGCCUAGUCCAGGUGAGCGCCGCCCGGCCAGGUAAGCGGCUGUCUCCUUGUUCUCGGCCGGGAGGCGGCCCCUCCCAGGUGGGGGGCCCGUCGAGGGGGCCAGCUCUCCUUCCCGGUUUGGCAGCAGCAGCGCAUGCCACAGCAGCCCUGGGGCGUCCCGGGCUGGCAACGGCCCGGAAGGGAGGCACCUGCUUGGUCUCCCGCGGGCCGUCGGGGGCGGGCCGGCUCCUCCCCGCGGAAGCUGCGCGGCGGCUCGGAGCUGAGCGGCGGGGCUCGCUUGGCUAGCGGCGGCUCGGAGCCUCUCUCGAGAGGGCAGCCCCCGAAGAGGACGAGGCAGGGGCUUCCCCGCGGCCUGGACAGCGCCUGGCCCCCUGUGCCCCUCUCGGCCGCCGCUGCCGCAGCGAGGGGAGACCUGCUUCCUCCCCCGACGGCUCCAAGGUUCUCCUUGCUCAGGUUGGGGUUCCCUGCAGCCAGUGACUUCGCCAUGAGCUCACAUCCCCGCCGCAUCCGCCUGAAACCCUGGCUGGUGGCCCAAGUGAACAGCGACCAGUAUCUGGGCCUCCGCUGGGUGGAUGCUGGGCGGAAGCGCUUCUGUAUCCCCUGGCGCCAUGCCACCCGCCACAUCCCCAGCCAGGAUGAUGAGAACACCAUAUUCAAGGCCUGGGCCAAAGAGACUGGCAAGUACAAUGAAGGGGUAGAUGAGCCGGACCCUGCCAAGUGGAAGGCUAACCUGCGCUGCGCCCUCAACAAGAGCCGUGAGUUUAGCCUGAUCUACGACGGGACCAAGGACACUCCGAUGCAGCCCUACAAGAUCUACGAGGUUUGCGAUGUGCCACAGCCCAAUGGAGAGUCCUUUGCUGGAGAUGAACAUGCUGGCUGUGAAGAAGAGGAGGAGUUGCAGAAAAUGAUGCCUACGCUGCGGAUUGCAGAUCCAGCCCACGGCGUGGAGCCUCUGCCCCCUUACCCGUGGCUAAAGCAGGAAGUCCUUUUCUCCAACGCUUGCGGCAAUGGGUCCUUUCCUCACUUGGCCCACCCGGAUGUCCCCGUCGGCCCCCCUCCGCCCCCUCCUGUCAGCGCUUUUGCGGUCGGAGGGGAGCCAUCAGCACCAAACUUUCCCGAACCUGACAGCAGCAUGCCGCUUGCCCCCCUCGUCCCCGGGACCCUGGCUAUGCAAGCGGAGCUGGAGGCGCUGCCCCAGAGGGGCUGCCUGGUGACGCCCAUGGAACAGUUCAUCCCCGAUUUGCUGAUCAGCCCGCACAUGCUGCCCUUGACCGACUUGGAAAUCAAGUUCCAGUACCGAGGCCGCUCCGUGGGGUCCCUGACCAUCAGCAACCCCCAUGGCUGCCGCCUCUUCUACAGCAACCUGAAGCCCACGCAGGAGCAAGUGGAGCUCUUUGGCCCGGUGACCCUGGAGCAGGUGCGCUUCCCCAGCACGGAGGCCGUGCCCAACGAGAAGCAGCGCUUCUACACCCACCAGCUGCUGGACGUCUUGGAUCGGGGCCUCAUCCUGGAGUUGCAGGGCCAGGAUAUCUACGCCAUCCGCCUCUGCCAGUGCAAGGUCUUCUGGACGGGGCCCUGCGCCAGGGAGCUGUCGGGGCCCAACCCCAUCGAGCGGGAGAAGAAGAUCAAGCUCUUCAGCCUGGAGAGCUUCCUCAAUGGCCUUAUCAUGUUUCAGAAGGGGCAGAGUGCCACACCACCCCCCUACGAGAUUUUCUUCUGUUUUGGAGAAGAGUGGCCAGACCAGAAGCCUAAGGAGAAAAAGCUUAUAACAGUCCAGGUGGUACCGGUAGCUGCCCGCCUCCUGCUGGAAAUGUUCUCUGGGGAGCUAUGCUGGUCAGCUGACAGUGUCCGUCUCCAGAUCUCUCACCCGGAUCUCAAGGACAAGAUGGUAGAACAGUUCAAAGAACUGCACCAGCUCUGGCAGAUGCAACAGAGUGUACAAGUCCAGAACCUCGAGCCAGCUGAGCCUGACAGCUGGCCAAUGCAGACCAGCACCACCACCACCAUGCAACAGUGAGGGUGGGCAGACGGAUGCCACCCGAGUCGCUGGCUCUAGGGCGCUGGGAGGUCACUUUGCUAUUGUGGGGCUAUGACGGUGCAAUAGGGACUGGUAGCUCUGGAUUCCACCUCCAGGUCUGAGCCAGCUGUCAAUAUGCUCCAGGUGGAGUUGGCACUCAUUCUGCUACCUGGCAGCUGUUCACUUAACAGAGAAAAGCCACAUUGGCUCCUUGCAGGGAACAGUGCUGCUUCCAACUGCCGUAAAAGGACAAGCUGUCAAAUGGAAAGGGAAGAUUUCAACUGAACAUCAGGGAAAACUUACUGUUAGAGCAGUAUAAUGGAACCAAUGACCCAGAGAGGUGAUGGAGACAUUCAAGAGGCAGCUGGACACCACCUGUCAGAUAUGCUUUAACUUGGAUUUCUGCACUGAGCCUUACAGGCCCCUUCCAACUCUACUAUUCUAUGCUUCUAAGAGAGCCAUGAGGAACUUGCAAGGCAAGUGCUGGCUGUGAGUGCUUAGAGCAAUGGGGGGAAAUUCUGUUGACCAGGACAUCCUAAUGGCAGGUGGUAUUACUUAAAUGUGUCACAGCAGGAAAAGCCAGUCCCCUGCCCCUGGGAAGCUGAGAAGUAGGGCACAGUUGGAGAGACCCAUGUGCUGCUGGGUAGGCCCCAGCACUAUAGUUUUUGGGGCCAGGCCUGCCGUGUUUGGUGUAGAAAGCUUGUGUCCCAAGGAUCAGAUACUUGUCUGACUCUGGCACUGAAAUUCUUAAAACAGGAAAGAGUGAAAGUCUUCAGCCGGUAUGGCUGUGAAGGGAUUUUGCAGGCACAUGAACAAUGCCUUGUGAACUCUCACAAGCCUGGGAAGUAUCUGAAACAGAUUCCUAGGGGUGGAAGCCACUGCUGCUUUGAGGGCCCUGCAGAGCCCAGCCUCCCCCUCGCCCCAGCUGUUUUGGACUCUCACUCCCAUCAGCUGCCCAGCCGUUGGAAGGUUGACCCAACAGAACCAAAUGGGUGUGGUUUUGCACAAUCUGAACAGGCUGUGGAUUUGAGUUUGCCUUGGCAGAGAAUCUGUGUGUGUUGCAGUUUUCCUCAGCCUAUGAUGAAGUGUGGCCCCUCACAGUUCCAUGGGCCCAGUACUUGUACUGCACUGUGCAGGCAUGCCAACACUGUGAGCGCAGGAUGUGGCUCUAGGCCACAUAGCUCAGCAGCCAGACAGCAUUCCUAACCUUCCUUAAAAUAAAAAAAAUAGAAGGCUGUAAUCCUUAUGCCUACAGCAGUAUGUUUAAAAGUGGGGCAGGUAAUUCUGCCACAGAGAAUCACUGAAGGCAACAGUCAGGACUUUGGUGGUGGGGCUUCUUGCUUUUCCCCCGACCACAACCAAAAUCUACGCAGCGCAGAGAACUCAGCCUUCCUCAGCAAAGCAGAAGAGAAGCCAGGGCAGGGAGAACCCCGUUCCGUGGAGAAAGCCUAAGCAAAAGACAGACAGCAGCCAUUUGUAUUAAAUAAACUGCCCCAACAAAAUGAUCAGGUAUGCUGUCCAUCUUUGCCUUGCACCUCCCCCUCCAAAAAGAUGGUGAGGUGGGAAAGGGCGCGUCCGACGGCAAGAGGUUCCUGAACGGGAAAGUGUGGGAGCUGUAGUCAGCCACUCCCACAGUGUAGGUGUACCUGGCCUUGGCCUUGUCUGUGAAAUAAACAUGUCUACAGCUGUCUGCAAUGGCUGAAUCGUAGUUAAGACGCUGUGAGAACAUGGAGACCUCAUCCAGGGCUCCUUCCGCAAUCCUACACCCACAAUUCAGCAUCGGGUAUAAGCGGGAGGGAAGGACCCUCUGGGUGGGAGACGAGACCUCCCUGCAUCUUGCUUCACCCACAAGGCUACCAAGCAGUCAUCAGGAGCACUUGCAUCGAAGCUCUGUGGCUUCCCCAAAGGACCGCUGUGUCAAGGCACUUACAUUCCAACACUAGUUGAAAUACACAGUCCUCCUUCCUAUGGAAGAGUUGGGCUUUCCUGUGGCAGCUGCUGGAACGCUUUCUGCAUUGGAGGGUCUUUUCCAAAUAUCAGGAGCCAUCUUGUUUGGCCGAGGAAGUGGCAUAAAGAGAUUGGAAGGGUUAAUGAGCAAGGCUGACACAGUCCACAACUGAAGCAAGGUAGUUCCUUUGGUGUAAAAACACACCCAUCCCAGGAGGAAGGUGAUCUUUCACAGGCCUAUUCCAGACAGCAGGUGUCAAGGCAAGGUCGGUGCCGAGGUCAGGCCCUUCAGAACCAGGGAUGCACCCGGUUACUUCCAAGAGCGUUUCUGCUUUUUCUCAAUUCAGACAUAGGAGCCGACCGCUUCCUCAAAUUCCUUGAGUUAGGAGUGCGCUGUCUAUUUUAACUAACUGCUACCUGUAUAUAGCAACAUGUUUUCUGAGACAUUCACAGAGCGAUUCCAAUUAAAUUUCCAUCUGUCUAUUAGGCACGUUAGUGCAGGCUUCGCCAAGCUGGUGUCACUCCAGAUAUCUUGGACUAGAACUCCCAUCAGCUGUAGCCAUGCUGUGAAAUGCCUUGCAGUUUUUAAAUAAAGAGCCGUAUAAAACCAGUUUACAUAAUAGUACAAACUAUUUGAGGAGGGGAACAGGUUGGUGAAGCCUGCUGUACAUAUGUACACAUAUACGCAUCUCUCUUGACUAGGGUUGCCAGAUUCUUGGCCUGAGACUGAUCCUUU